AGGAUGAUUCCGCCAGGGGACUGCAUGUACGCGGGAAGGAAAAGAAGGAAACCCAUUCAGAAACAGAGGCCCACCGUUGGGGCUGAGAAGUCAAACCCCUCCAAGCGGCACCGGGACCGCCUCAACGCAGAGCUGGACCACCUGGCCAGCCUCCUGCCACUUCCACCCGAUGUCACAUCGAAGCUCGACAAGCUGUCCGUCCUGCGCCUCAGCGUCAGCUACCUCAGGGUGAAGAGCUUCUUCCAAGUCGUGCAGGAGAAGUGCUCGCGGCAGCCGGCGGCCGGGGCCCCCUCACCUGGAGACGCUCGUGCACUCGGCGGGUCCGCCGUGCUGGAGGGAAGGCUGCUGCUGGAGUCUCUCAAUGGCUUUGCUCUGGUCGUGAGUGCAGAAGGGAUGAUAUUUUAUGCCUCAGCAACGAUCGUGGACUAUCUGGGCUUCCAUCAGACGGACGUCAUGCACCAAAACAUUUAUGACUAUAUCCACGUGGACGACCGCCGGGACUUCUGCAGGCAGCUGCACUGGGCCAUGGACCCGCCCCUGGCGGUGUGUGGGCAGCCCCCCCGCUCCGAGACAGGAGAUGACGCCGUCCUGGGGAGGCUGCUCAGGGCCCAGGAAGGGGGUGCAGGCUCACCCACCGAGUACUCAGCCUUCCUGACACGCUGCUUCGUCUGCCGUGUGCGCUGCCUGCUAGACAGUACCUCGGGCUUUCUGACGAUGCAGUUCCAAGGAAAACUAAAAUUCCUGUUUGGGCAGAAGAAGAAGGCGCCAUCGGGCACCGUCCUGCCCCCUCGGCUGUCACUGUUCUGCAUCGUGGCGCCGGUUCUCCUGCCUUCCAUGGCAGAGACGACCAUGAAGAGCACAUUCCUGAGGGCGAGGCACAGGGCAGACCCCACAGUCCCGCCAGACACGAGAGCAAAAGCUACCACAAGUUUGUGUGAAUCUGAAUUGCAGGGAAAACCCAAUUACUUAGCAGGAAAGAGUGGUGGAGGGAACGGCAUCUCAGUAUAUGGGGCGCAAACGGACGCUGGACGCUGGCCCCGGGGUCCAGCCAGGGCCCCGUGCCUGUGCUUCAGGAGCGGCCCCAACCUCGUCCUCGACCCCAAGGGGGCUGCAGGGGACCAGGAAGAAGAGGAGCAGGAGAGGCCCCUGAGCUGCUCCUCUGGAGUGAGGGGCUGGAAGGAGAUGCACACGUACAAUUGCCGCUUUGAGGCACUGGGACCGACAAGGUACCUGAGCUGGACAGCAGAGAAGUGCUGUCAGGAUGGCAGUGUCACACGGAAGCUGCAGCCCAGUAAGUGCAACCUGUUCUCCAUGUGUGCCACACCCCGGGGCUCCUGCACACCCUACCCAGGUGUCCAGGGCACUUUCAAUGCCAGCAGCAUCACUGUGUUCAGAAAUUCACCCCUGUCCCACCCACCAGGCCAGCCCCCCAGUGUCUACUCCAGCCGGACGAGCAGGCCCACGAGGGAUGUUGCUCAGGGCCAGGUGCACCCUCCUGCUUGCCACUUCCCCCAGGGGAGCCUGGAGAACCAGCUGCCUGAACCUGGAGCUCAGUGUUUCGCAGCGGGGGUCUAUUCCACUGAGGAUGCGAAACUGAGAAGCCUGCAGACACCUCUGGGAGCCCCGUGCAAUCCAGUGCUGCCACUAGAUGUGCCUAUCAAAAUGGAAAAUGACUCUGGGUCCGAGGACACAGCAGAUGGCUACAGCGCCAGCCAGGUGUGGCUGGGGGCCAGUGAUGUGGCCAGGAAGCAUCUGGUUGCUUUCCCUAGCAGGAUGCACCUGAAAACAGAGCCGGAUUCCAGAUGCCAGCUCUACAUGCCACACCUUGGGCACAGCGUGCUAGGGGCUCCCCCGCAUGGCAGGGCCACUGCUGGGCCUAGCAGGGAGCUGGCCCCAUUCUACCCCACACAGUGCACUUGCCUGGAGUGCAUGCGUGGGCUUCCUGAGCCAGAACCUCCCCACCACCUCUGCACGCAGGGCUGCGGCGAGCACCAGCCUUCCACUCUGGGCUGUGACUGCAGAGCUCCCGGGGCCACCCCCAUGGUCAAGCAAGAGCCCCUGGACUCGCCCCCGUGGGACACCCGCAGCCAGAGGGGGGUGCCUGGGAUGUUCCGUAAAAGUGCUUUGGGGACUUUGAUCCCACCAAAAGCCCCUGAGUGUGCCUUCCUGCUGUAG